AUGAAAGAUAGAGGCAAAGCUGUAGAAGCGUUCAGCAACGACAUUGAGUAUUAUUCUUCAUCGGAUGCUCCUUGCAAGAAGCACCCAUCUUCAUCCUCCUCGGCUGGCAUUUGCGCUUAUUGUCUCAAGGACCGUCUGAUCAAGCUGGUCUGCUCCGACUGUGGAGAGCAGCGCCUCUCUUCUUGCUCUUGCUCCGAGAUCUCUUCCAAUCGGAAUUCAUGCACCGUCGAGGUAGGGAGUGUCGGUCGAGUCUCAUUCCUGAUAGAGAAUGAAAGGAACGAAAUUCCACAAUCGCAUUCUAAGCCCAAAGCCCAAGAGAGGGCUGAGGAAGUCGUGGUGCUCAAAAGGAGCAGCAGUAGCUGUGUUGAGAUCAAAAGAAGUACUGGGUUUUGGAGAAUCGGGAGGCUGUUUAGGAAGAAAAAAGAGAAGAACUACGAGAGAUCGAGUGUUGCAGGUGGCUGUGACGAGAAAAGUGACUUGUGGUUGGUUGAUUAUAUGGGUGUGUCAAGGUCCAGAUCCCUCUGCAGUUUCAGGGGUGGAGGGUGGUUUGGGUCAGAGGAUGGUGAAAAUUUGGUUGUAUCAGCUGCUAGGAGUUCUAUUUCUGCUGCCAGGAGUUCUGGCGUCAAUGGGGGUCUGCCUUUAGAUUCUGGGAGAAGAAGUGGUUUCAGUGAAGCAGAGCCGAGAAAAAGUGGGUUUGAUGGAGAAAAGAAAGAUUGUCACUUGGAGUCUGAAAAAGGUACUGAUCUUAAGUCUGUGAAGAAGGGUGGAAUUCUAGAGCCUGAUGCUGGUUUUAAUGGAGCUAACAGACGUAUUUUCUCACUCAAAGAGAGUGAUUUCAAUGGCAUGGACGAUUCAAGCUUUAUCGACUUGAAGCUUGAUUACUCAUCAGAACCGAAGCCAGAGUUUCCUGCAGAAAAAAUGGCUGGAUUAACAAAUCCAGACUCAGCUUUUGGCAGUACGAGAGGGAGUAGUUUUGUGGCACAUGAAUGUGGAGGUUCUCUUGGGAAUUUGACGGGGGAUGGGAGUUUCUGUAAUGGGGGUUCCUGUAGGAUUACAGUGAAUGAGAAAGGGGUCAGAAAAGGCAGGAAAAGUAUGAAAGGAUGGCGCUGGAUUUUCAAGCAUCAUCAAAGCUGGGGAAGUGCAAGGAAGGACGAAGAUCUCAUGUUUAAAAGCUGA